AGUUGAUGAGACAGUCAGCCUGGUACCAGUCCAGAGCUUGUCAGUGACUCCUGCUCUCCUCCGUGGACCUGUGCUAGAGCGGAGGUUGUAAUAAAAAUGUUUGGUGUCUCUCCAGCGCUUAGUAUACACGGAAGUGUUUUGCCUGCUACCGGGUUACCUUCAAUGGGCAGCAGAGCUAGGGCGAGCAGUGGCUGUGUGUUCAAGGGCCAGUUGCAUCCGCACCCAGUGCUUGUACCUUGAACUCAUUUCUUCCUGACUGCUAGAGGCCUGUGUGUUCUUAACUGCUCCGACCUCUCCUCCACAGGUGCAGGCCUGGUGUGGUCUCCAAAGUGACUGAACAAUGCAGAAGGACAGUGGCCCACUGGUUCCUUUACAUUAUUAUGGUUUCGGCUAUGCGGCCCUGGUGGCUACUGGUGGGAUUAUUGGCUAUGCAAAAGCAGGUAGUGUGCCGUCCCUGGCUGCUGGACUCUUCUUUGGGGGCCUGGCAGGCCUGGGUGCCUACCAGCUGUCUCAGGACCCCAGGAACGUGUGGGUUUUCCUAGCUACGUCUGGGACUUUGGCUGGCAUUAUGGGGAUGAGAUUCUACAACUCUGGGAAAUUUAUGCCUGCAGGUUUGAUCGCGGGAGCCAGUUUGCUGAUGGUUGCCAAACUUGGACUUAGUAUGUUGAGUUCACCCCAUCCAUAGUAGCCAUAGCCCUGCGUGGGCUCAUGAUGAGUUGACACUCUCCAGUCCUCCACAUUACCACGCUGAAGAGAUAAGAACAGCAAAGACCUACACUGAGCACAUGGAGGCGAAGACGUGGUUACUAUAGUGACCAUUCAGAGACAGCGAGUGUCUGACCUCAGAGCUCACACUGCCUUCAUGCGGCUUGUUCUUGUGUCAUGAUGUCUCGACUCUCUGUACUACUACAUAAAGGGGUAAAAUGUUGGGUGUCAACACUGGGGGCCCAGAGCUACACGUCCUGCCGGGAAGUUGUGAAAUCUCUUGGUGACAUUUGUGAUGUGGGAUCUUUUGCACAGGUCUGCUAUGAAAUUAUGUUACGGCAACAUUAUCGGUGAAAAUAAAGUUUUCUAUUAAGAACAA